UGUUCUGUAAUCGUUCGGAUGGCAUGCGAGGGUGAGUAUCAACGGACCUCAAAAUGUGCUGUGCGAUCUCGAUUUAAACUGGAUAUUUUUGGCGCCAAAAAAUUUUGAAAGCCGGAGUUUCAGUGGUUUGCACGUUCCGGUGCAUAAUUUGCUUGAACUGCAAGCCCAAGUGUUGGAUAUUGACUUCUGCGACGGAUCUCCUAUGGCUUUGAAAUAAACCAUGGGGUUUGGCUUCCAAGCAGCUCCGAUUGAGGAUAUACAAUGCACCCAAAACGUCGAUUUUGUCACAUCUUGUGGAGUGAAUUCUACACUAACUCUAGAGUGCGCUGGAAAGAAUCGUCGAAUCUACGAUUAUUUCUGCGAAAAUGACUAUUUCUCCAGAGACAGUACUAAAUAUCUGUGCACUGGCUGCAGUACCAACUAUACUGCUGAAGUGCUGGCAAACUUCUUCAGCAGUGGCGUUCAGAACUUUAUAGUGCGCGCUCCAGUUCUAGACUGCCAUUUUGCAAACAUUAGCGGCGAUGUGUUUUGGACGUGCAAUUCCAGUACCAAUGAAACUCACACUUUAUGGAACAAAGCGAAUUAUGACUGGAGUUUCUUGUUUGUGGUAGUUUUUAUAAUUGCUGGAGGCGUGGGGAACAUUCUGGUCUGUUUAGCAGUACUGCUGGAUCGGAGACUACAAAACGUCACCAACUAUUUCCUGCUCAGUUUGGCAAUUGCUGAUCUGUUAGUGAGCUUAUUUGUGAUGCCACUAGGAGCUAUUCCAGGAUUUUUUGGUGAAUGGCCAUUUGGAUUAAUCUGGUGCAAUGUUUAUGCAACAUGCGACGUUCUCGCAUGUUCAGCUUCUAUAAUGCACAUGUGCUUCAUAAGCCUUGGAAGAUAUUUGGGGAUCAGAAAUCCUUUGAAAACGCGACACAGCACUACCACUAGAACCGUCGUUUUGCGCAUUGGACUUGCCUGGUUGUUAUCUAUGGUAGUAUCUAGCUCUAUCACAGUACUGGGCAUUAUCAACCAUGAAAACAUCAUGCCAGAUCCACAAAAGUGCGUUAUCAACAAUCGAGCUUUUUUCGUCUUCGGCAGCUUGGUGGCCUUCUACAUUCCCAUGACCGUUAUGAUGGUCAGCUAUGCGCUAACCGUUCAGCUACUGAGGAAAAAAGCUCGAUUUGCUGCAGAACACCCCGACACUGAUCAGCUUCGCCGAUUGGGCGGACGUUUCGCUAACAAGCAAGACCGCACUCCAACAGCACCGCCUGAAAAUGCUUUAUGGAGGACAGCUGGAAGUGGUGAUCGAUCGUCGAAUAUGAGACUGACAAACUCCCACGGUCAGUUAUCUUUCGCCAAUGGGGGCAACGGAAAUUUAACAUCCUCGAGAAGAGAUCAAGGCACACAGACUCCCGAGGAUAUUGCAAAGGAAGCCCGAAAUUGCCGGCUCAAGUCGCUCAAGUUGCAGCUCAACAAUACUACUUCAAAUCUCACGAAUUUCAG